AUGUCUGAGAUCGAUCUCUCCAGUCUCCCCCCGCAGUUUGCCCAGGCGGUGGAUGCGAUCCGUUCGAGGGUUCCGGCUGAAUUAGCUGCUCCUAAAUGGGGUAUUAUUUGUGGAUCCGGGUUGUCAGAUCUAGCCUCCUCGCUGGAGCAAGCUGUACACGUGCCUUAUUCCUCCAUCCCUGGGUUUGCGGAAUCCUCGGUGGAAGGCCACCAAUCGCGGCUUGCAUUUGGAUAUAUCACCUCCUCUCGCUCUGACUCGUGUGCUUCUUCUGCUGCUGUUCCCUCGAUCCGGGUGCCUGUAGUAGCAUGUCUUGGACGCUUUCACACAUACGAAGGGCACUCCUCCAACACAUGCGUGUUUCCCACACGCGUAUUCCGCCUCCUCGGUGUCACCCACCUCAUCAUCACCAACGCUGCUGGAGGACUGACAGACGAUCUAUCAAUCGGCACGAUCAUGGCCAUACACGACCAUCUCUCCCUACCAACACUAACUUCAAUGAACCCACUCAUCGGACGGAACUACGCCUCUCUCGGACCACGAUUCCCUGCACUCUCCAACGCCUACGAUCUCAACCUUCAACUCUCACUCUACCGAGCAGCAAACCAACUCGGACUAAGCACACUACUAGCCUCUGGAACAUACGCCUAUGUUCUAGGACCGUCGUACGAAAGCCGAGCUGAAGCCAACUUUCUGAAAAACGCAGGCGCAAAUGCUGUAGGCAUGUCAACUGUACCCGAAGUCAUCACAGCCACUCAUAUAGGCAUGAAAGUUCUAGCCAUCAGUUUAAUUACUAACAAAGUAAUCCUCAACCCUCCAUUCAAUCUACAACAACUCUUGCUGGACGAAGCAAAAGAUAAGGGCAAUGAAAAGGCAGAAGCAAAAAUCCAAAACAUCAUCCACCAAAACAUCUCUCAAGCCGCAAACCACAACGAAGUACUCACGAUCAGCAAACUUAGAGCACAAGAUAUGCGCAGACUCGUCAGCCAGGUCAUACUCACCACGCAGGUGUGA